GGAGCUCCCUCGGCCGGCUGCGGAUCGUGUGUGUGUCCGGAGCCUCCACCUGCUGCUGUCCCGAGCCGGACAGGAGCGCUGCUCUCCGGCAGAGCAGAGGGACCUCACCGCGGACAGGACGCUUUUAUCCACACGUCCAAGUCUUGGCUGAUUUUCUUUUUUGUGGGUUUAUAAGGAAAAUGUGUGAAUUUAAAUGUUUCGAAGUCGUGAGGAGAGAACCGGAGAGACCAGGCGAGUGAAGCCGAGCUGCCCCGGCUCCAGGUCCAGUUGAACAGUCACCAUGAGUCUGUGGACCAACGACUCCUCUGCGGACCUUCACCCCGGGACGCAGCCCCCUCUGCCGGACUCCAACUUCACCUCGAACCGCAGCGACGGCUCCGGGCACCGCGCCGCCCCGCUGGACCUGAGCCGGGCGGUGCCGGUGGGCAUGGUGCUGGCCUCCUUCAUCCUGUUCGCCAUCGUCGGGAACGUGCUCGUGAUCCUGUCGGUGGUUUGUAACCGACACCUGCGGAUCCCCACCAACUACUUCAUCAUCAACCUGGCCAUCGCUGACCUGCUGCUGGGGACCACCGUGCUGCCGGUGUCCGCCACCCUGGAGGUUUUAGAUUCCUGGGUGUUUGGACGGAUCUUCUGUGACAUCUGGGCAGCGGUGGACGUCCUGUGCUGCACGGCGUCCAUCAUGUCCCUGUGCGUCAUCUCCAUCGAUCGUUACGUCGGUGUUCGAUACCCGCUGCAGUACCCAAUGAUCGUCACAGAGAAGCGGGCGCUGCUCGCCAUGCUGGGCGUGUGGAUCCUCUCCAUCGUCAUCUCCAUCGGCCCGUUGCUGGGCUGGAAGCAGGCGCCGUCACAGGAUGACUCCAAGUGUCAGAUCACAGAGGAGCCGUUCUACACCCUCUUCUCCUCGCUCGGCUCCUUCUACAUCCCCCUGGCUGUCAUCCUCGCCAUGUACUGCCGUGUCUACAUCGUGGCCAAGCGCACCACCAAGAACCUGGAGGCCGGCGUGAUGAAAGAGCGUCAGGAGGACUCCAACGAGCUCACGCUGAGGAUCCACUGCAGGAACCAGCAGAACCACGAGCUCUGUCCCGGAGCCUCGGCCGGACGCAGCACGCUGUCCGUCAAACUGCUCAAGUUCUCCAGAGAGAAGAAAGCGGCCAAGACGCUGGGUGUGGUGGUGGGCAUGUUCAUCCUCUGCUGGCUGCCCUUCUUCCUCGUCCUGCCCAUCGGUACGUCUUCACCUUCUUCACACCUUUUCAUCGUCGAGUUCCAUCAAAGUUCAUUUUAACUGUAGAGAAAUAAAAAAAACCCGAAAUGUUAAACGAAUAAAAACAUCAAGAUAAAACACCUGAAAUCACUAGAACUUUAAUUCAACACAUGACCUCUUGUGAAAGUUUA